CCCCCCCAUGCCCACACCCUCUGCCCUGGCAGUCUGGGUGUUGGUGAUAUCUCCCCUGUCCCAAAGGGAAGAAGGAGAGAACACCAGUACGCCAGCCACAACGGCACAGCGUGGAAUCACCUCACCCGCUGCAGGACAGAACCCCUGGAUAUGGCUGACCUGCUGGAGGCCGCAGGCUGUUCCUCUAAGUCGUUCAAGCUGUACUCUCCAAAGGAGCCCCCUAACGGUAGCGCCUUUCCUCCCUUCCAUCCAGGCACCAUGCUGGACAGAGAUGUGGGUCCUACGCCAAUGUACCCUCCAACGUACCUGGAGCCUGGAAUUGGGAGGCACACGCCGUACGGGAACCAGACGGACUACAGAAUAUUUGAGCUGAACAAGAGGCUACAGAACUGGACAGAGGAGUGUGAUAAUCUGUGGUGGGACGCCUUCACUACAGAGUUCUUUGAGGAUGAUGCCAUGUUGACCAUCACUUUCUGUCUGGAGGAUGGGCCCAAGCGAUACACGAUUGGCCGGACGUUGAUUCCGCGGUACUUCCGCAGCAUCUUCGAAGGGGGCGCCACCGAGCUGUACUACAUCCUGAAGCACCCCAAGGAGGCCUUCCACAGUAACUUUGUGUCGCUGGACUGUGACCAGUGUACCAUGAUCACACAGAACGGCAAACCCAUGUUUACACAGGUUUGUGUGGAGGGCCGCCUGUACCUGGAGUUCAUGUACGACGACAUGAUGAGGAUAAAGACGUGGCACUUCAGCAUCAGGCAACACCGCGAGCUCAUCCCGCGCAGCAUCCUGGCCAUGCACGCCCAGGACCCCCAGAUGUUGGACCAGCUGUCGAAAAACAUCACAAGAUGCGGCCUCUCCAACUCCACGCUCAACUACCUCCGACUCUGUGUGAUCCUGGAGCCCAUGCAGGAGUUGAUGUCCAGACACAAAACCUACAGCCUGAGUCCUCGGGACUGCCUGAAAACCUGUCUGUUUCAGAAGUGGCAGAGAAUGGUGGCCCCUCCAGCGGAGCCGGCGCGACAGGCCCCCAACAAGCGCCGAAAAAGGAAGAUGUCGGGAGGCAGCAACAUGAGCGCGGGAGGGGGCAGCAACAGCAACAGCAACAGCAAAAAGAAGAGCCCCGCCAGCAGCUUUGCCCUCUCCAGCCAGGUACCUGACCUGGUUGGAACAAAAACCUGUACUGUGCCGGAGCUUGAGGACCGGAGUUGAGAACCACAGCGUUUAAAUCUUAAAAAUACACACAGACAGUAAACCAUUGAGGUACUGGGGUUUGCUCAUGCACCGUGGUAUUGGCGACGGUGACUCUGAAUGCCAUUCCAAGACUGUUUCCUUCAACAUAAACUUCUGGAGAACGUGUUUUUAUUUUUUAAAUCUUGUCUUUUUUAAGAUAAUUUCUAAAAGAAAUAAAAGAAGGAACAAAAAAAAAAAAAACAACUUUAAAUGUUCUUCACAUUGUUUUCCCUGCAUUUCCCACUUUUGUUUUUAGUUUUUUUCCCCCCUCUGUUAUUUCCCUGAUUUUAAACUUUGUUGGGCCUGAUAACUUGUAACUGCAAAAAAAAAAAAAAAAAAAAAAAAAAAAAAUCUAUAUAAAUGUGUAAUGCUUAAUUCUAAAGAAUUUUGUAUAGUUGUUAGUUACUUGUUGAAUUAGGAAUUGUAUGGUUUUGUGUUUGAUUUGUGAUCAAAUCUACAAAGGUAAUGCCUCCUAGAAAUAUCUUUGGAUGACCAUGAUCUUGUCCUCUGGAAUGUUUAGCACAUUGUCGCCCAAUCCAACAAUACAACGCUUACAUUUCCCCUGAUGCGCCGACAGAAUUGUUGCAACGUUACGGCAGCAUUGCCACAACGUUACAGUAACGCUACAAGAACUGUGGGCUUUAGUCAGGAUAUUUUUCUCAAAGGUAGGAUGAGAUAUGGGUAUGGGUGCAGAUUGUGCCAUUUCAGAAAGGGGUAAAUUACCAUUGUACGUUUUGGAGGUUUUUCUGUGUCCGCUAGCUAUAUAUCCCUUCCACACCUCCGAGAAGACUCCGUAGUAUUGCAUGCUUCUUGCCAAGCAUGGCCCCAGACGAGAGGGGGGGAGAGCAAGGUUUCCCUGCGUUUUAGACUGCUUCCAAAACAAACUGCUCUAUCUGGUUUACCACCUCUCUGAUCCAGCCGUCUGUAGUGUCGCAAGGAAACUGAUUUGCCGAUGUGGAAGUUACCGGGCAUAAAAAUAGCAUUUAUCCAUACAACAUUAAGCAUCGAGUUCUCCCUCUCGGUUACCGAAGUUCAUCAAUUUAGCUAUUUGCAUGGGUGCAGACACCCAGUACCUCUUCAAUUCAACAGUCCAGCGUAAUUUUGUUGUUCUGAAUUCUAAAAGAAGAAAAAAAAAAAUCACAACACAGCAUUUGAAAGAAUCCAGUUUUAUACUAGCCUCUAUUCCCAAGAAUGUUUUUAUUUUGUUUCUUUUUUAUUUUUUACUGAUAUUGAAAGCUACAGACCAAGGAGCUACCAGGACUUGCAAGAUCCUCUUAAUCCCCUUCCCCCAAAAUAUAUUGGUUUGUAUUUUUUUUAAAGAAAGUAAUUUUGUGUGGGCUUUUCUUUUUUAAAUUCAGUUUUUGUGUAUUUGUGCUUGUAUAUUUAAGGUAGUAGCAAAGUUCUGUAUAACUGUAAUUAAAUGUACUCUUCCUUAGAACACCCUAAAGCCAUCCCUAUCUAAUGUAUCAAAAUGAAAAAAACAAAAACAAACAGAACCCCCCCCCCCCUUUUUGAAACUUGUAUGAAAUUGAUCUUCUAAGGGUACAGUCACCAUUCAAGCGGGAAAAUCAUUUUCCUCCAAGCUGCAAUUUCUUAUUUUUCUUCUUUGUGCAUUUGUUCAGUACUGGAGUUCUGCAGUCCUGGUUACUGCAGUGUAUAACUAAAUUUGAAACGUGUCAAAGAAAAGCUUUCCUAGAUUCUCGAGUUGAUUAAUAUCCCAUAUUUUCCCACUGCAGAAUGUAUUCUCUAGAAAUGUUUUUUUUUGUUUGUUUAAGUGUUGAAUCUGUCAUUGUGACCAUAAAUUCAUGCAAUUACUAGCAUACCUUUGCAGCUUUAACAUCUCUUUAAGCUCUGAAUGUUUAAUGGUGAUGCCACAUUACCCUGACCAUUGUGUCUUGUAAGUACUGGUGCGCACCACCAGAGGGCACCCCUGGGUGCCUCAAGAAUAAACAUUCUGCCUGAGCUGAUGUGUAGCAGAAUUGAAGAGGGGAAACCCCCGUUAAGCCUUUUACUCACAAGCUUUAGGUCCUUUCUAAAUUAAUCCGGAUUAAAAUUGUUCAGUGAUCCUAUCAAAAUUUCUGGUACGAUUUGCAUAUUGUAGUUCCCGCACUUGAAAUUGGAAAUAAAAUGGUGACGUGUACCCUUGUGCUCUCUCUAUAGAGCCUCCUGUCUUUGGGGCUGUUUGAUAUAAUUUUUUUGGUUUGCUUAGUUUCUGCCAUUGAUAAUUCAUGUAUGGUACAAAUAAAGACAAAUUUUCACUUUACUGUAA